AUGAGCGAGGAACAGAGAGCUUCGCUGUUUCUCGGCGGGCGCUACUAUUCAAGCUAUUUCGACUUGACAUGCGCCCUUUCGCAGUUCUGUUGUUCCACCGAAAACCAACCCGUCCAGCUUCUCGAGCCGUGGGAAAUCAUCGGCGGCGCAGUUCCAAACAGAUAUGAAUAUUGCUGGGUCACGAGCGCCGAUACAACGUUUUGGAAAGAAAAGCCCCUUACAGUCGCCUUGACGCCCUUAUUGGUCGAAUACAACUGCGCAAAGUCUCAAUUCUGCAUCCCGGGAGAAAUUCCCAAACACGUUCUACCCGUUGAUGAAUUUAAUACAACAACUUUAACUAAUAACUGUCAAGCCGAUGUUCCAAUUUCCGGAUCAACGACCUCGCAACUGACAAAAAAGGAGCAAACGAUCAUUUUUAGCAUCUUGGGCGCCUUGUUUUUCCUCAUUCUUCUUUUCGUUCUCAGGAAAUCGAUCCGUUCAUGUUGCUGCAAUAGAAGUUGCAAUCCCGUCGUGGAGCGGGUCAAAUCAGCAUCAACAACGGCGAGUCAGCAAUCCGUGAAGACCCUUGAUCCGGAGUCCUUCUGA